AUUGUUGUUGCUGCUAUGUCUGCUACUGUCAAACGUGGGUUUAAACGUCAACAGUUUCUCUCCCGCGGCACUCUGGACGCGCGCUCGCUGCGUGUUGGAUCGCAUGUCGCGGAUGGGACGCCGGCCUCCUUGACGUGCUCCUCGACGAAAAGUGACUUGAACGUCGUUUCAACAUGUCCGAGAUGGAGAAUUUGAAGAACCUCCUAACCAAGCACAACCAACAACAUCUUCUGCGGUUCUGGGAAAAGCUGUCCGAGGACCAGAGGCAAGACCUGCGCCGCGACCUGAGGGAAAUCAACAUCGAGGAGGUCUGCUCGUACUUCGACCGCGCUGUCAAGACCCUCGAGGAGUGCCAGGAGAAGCUGGACGACCGCAUGAAGCCCAUUCCCUCAGAAGCAUCUGGAUCAGUUCUGAAAGGUACAAAGGAAGAGCUGGAGGCGUACAGGCAUGAAGGCUUCCGACUCAUCUCCGAAGGGAAGGUAGGCGUCCUGCUGCUGGCCGGUGGACAAGGCACCAGGCUGGGAGUCACCUACCCCAAGGGUAUGUAUGACAUUGGAUUGCCAUCCCACAAGCCACUCUUCCAGAUUCAAGCUGAGCGCAUUCGCCGUGUUGAAGAGCUGGCUCAUCAACAUACUGGGAAGAGGGGAAAUGUGACUUGGUACAUCAUGACCAGUGAGCAGACCAUGGAACCAACACUUGCCUUUCUACGCAGUCACAAUUAUUUUGGCCUAGAUAGUGCAAAUGUGAAAUUAUUUGAGCAGGGAAUGCUACCGUGCUUUUCUAUGGAUGGACGUAUCAUUCUUGAUACACCCAGCCGUGUGUCAAAGGCUCCAGAUGGCAAUGGUGGAGUGUACCGUGCUCUUAGAGACCGUGGUAUUCUGGAUGACAUUGAGAAGCGGGGAGUCACCUGUCUUCAUGCUCACAGUGUUGACAAUAUUCUUGUGAAAGUAGCAGAUCCUGUUUUUCUUGGAUACUGCAGUUUGAAAGGGGCUCACAUAGGUGUGAAGGUUGUUCCUAAAGCUUAUCCCACAGAGCCUGUUGGUGUUGUAUGCAGUGUAGAUGGAAAGUACCAGGUAGUUGAGUACAAUGAAAUCACUCUUGCCACUGCUGAGCGCCGCAAUGCUGAUGGUGAACUUACUUUCAGUGCAGGGAAUAUUUGCAACCAUUACUUUUCCUCACAGUUUUUGAGAGCUUUUCUCAAUGAACAUGAAAAGGAGCUACAACUCCACAUAGCUAAGAAAAAGAUCCCAUAUGUGGAUGAUGAUGGUAUGCAGAUCAAACCAGAAAAACCAAAUGGUAUAAAAAUUGAGAAAUUCAUUUUUGAUGUCAUUCCAUUUACUGACAGUCUUGUUGUGUGGGAAGUGUUACGAGAGGAAGAGUUCAGUGCAGUGAAAAAUGCUGACUCUGCAGAGAAGGAUUGUCCACGUACAGCCCGGCAAGAUAUUAUAAAUCUUUAUGUAAGCUACAUUGAAAAGGCUGGAGGCAAAAUUCUGGCUGGUCCAGAUGGUUCUGUUGUUUGUGAAAUUUCUCCACUCUUAUCUUAUGAUGGUGAAGGACUAGAGGAAGUUGUCAAGGGAAAGACAUUCACUUCCCCUGUGCAUCUGAAGGCCCCUGGAGAACAACAAGCUGUGAAUGGCAAAACAAAUGGAACAGCCAAUGGGGCUGUUAAGGGGGUUGUCAAUGGUACUUCCAAUGGAGUGUCAAAUGGUGUGCAUUGAAAUUUUGAAUGGCCUUGUAAUCUUAAAAGACAUCCCUUUCAAAUGUAGGACUAUACAACACUGCCAUUUUCUCCCAAAAUAGAAACUGCUAUGGACUGACAAGAAUUUAACUACAAAUUAUUAUUGAAAUGACAGUGAAACUAAAGCCUAUGUAUUUGGAAGUAGAUACAAUUUUAAAGGCCCUACACUAAGACCAUAUUGUGUUUCUGUGGGUAUCAGGGUUCAAUUUAAAAAAAUCAAAUCUGUCUUCGUUGCAGUUUGAGGGAAAGUCUGUGAUUUUUUUUAUUGUUUACUGAAACAGCUGUUGGGUGUCAGCAACACCAAUGUCCCUUGUUUUCAGUGUUUUUUUUUUUGGGGGGGGGUACUGUGCAUUAAAUCGGAAAUUAGAUCUGUAUGUUAUUUAAAAGCCUUCCUGGGGAAGUAAUUUGAGUGAAGCAAAAUGAUAGCUGACUUCAGCUCUAUCAUAUUUUACUUUUGGGGACAAACAUUAUCAGAAUGUCUAGCUAAAUUUGAGGAUUAUUUUCAAGUAUAUUCUAGGCAAAUUUAUGGAACUUCUACUGUAAUUAUUAAACAUAAUUGUGAUAUGCUAGGCCAAUUGUGUCUAUCAGAUUUUUACUAAUUAAGUUGUACCAACUGCUCACCAUGUCCUAGUUGUCACAAUAACAUCACAAUGAGAUGAGCAUUUUUCUACUUUUCUAAUUCAAAUUGGAAUGUUGUUCUAUUUACUUACAUUUUCUUCUCUUUCUCAACUUCCUGCAAGAGAGCAAGUGUUUGUAAGGGAACACCUCAAUAGAUUGCAUCUACGAGCUGGAACUCUGUAGCAUGCAACUUGCCCUUGACUUCAUUUUCUUUCAGGCUUGUAGAAAGGAGGGAACUGUAACUUAAUUUUUAUUUGACUUGCAAUAUAUUGUGAUAUGCAUGUAACUCGUCCUAUAUGCCAAGCACUGUUAUUAUGUUCAAGCCAAAAUCAAAUGGUUUAACUAAGAAAGUUUCAGGAAAGCACCUAAAAAAUGUUUGGCUCGCUGCACAACAAUAAUUCUUUUGAUUACGUUUACUAUUGUAACUUGUAAUACUCAAUGUUAUGUGGUGUGGUACUCAGUAGAAUAUAUGAGUAUGUAGUAUAAGUUUUAACAUGGGUUAAUAUUUUAGACAUUUAUAACAGGUGUAACUUUCUUGUAUUGCUAAUGUUUUAGUUUAUCAGAGUGUGCUAUUCCAGUUUUGUGGAGGAAAUAUCAGGUUAGGUGCAUUUUGCUUUGUUAUCUUUUAUUUUGUUGAGUUACAUAUCAUUUAUUACCAGUCUUGUUCUUGUUGCCUUUGUUUUAAAUGUCUUGAAUCAUUGUUGAACCCAUUUGUUGACUGCCUUAAAAUAUAAUGAAAACGUUGCCUUACCAGCAAGUUCUUUAUUUUUAUAUAAAAUCAAACAUAAUGAAAUGUAGUUACCAGUUAGAUAAGAGUGCUGUACCUAGAGAUACUUAAAAUUGACGAAUGUAUUCAUUUAUGACUGUUGCGAAGUAUUGAAAGUUUGUAUAGACAUCCGUACUGUACAAAAAAACUAUUGUUUUUACUGAAAAUAUAUCAUAAUAUUUUACUUAA